AUGCCCUCGGCGGAGCAGCGGGAGGUGCAGCUGGCGGUUAUCCAAAGCGAAAUCGAGGCUGCGCCACUCCUCAGUGAGCCCGUGGAAAAUCUUUCAGAAUCGUGCACCUUGGUGAAGGAGUUUGCGAACAACUCCACGCUGCUGCCGAAGGUUAUCGCGCUGUUCACUGAUGCUGAUCGGUACAGCGGCAUUCGGUACGUGCGCCGCGACGGGAACUGCUUCUUCCGUUGUGCCGUCUUCGCGCUGUUGGAGAGGACGCUUGGCAACGAGGAACUCGCAGCGGGCUUGCAGAAACGCGCCACCGCACUGCGUGAAAAGCUGAUCGAAGAUUACGGUGUCUUUGUUGAAGAUUUCUGUGAAGUCGCGCUCGAUGUCAUCCAGCAGAUUGUGUCUGGGAAGUGCACGACAUCGACGGCGUUGCACGCGCUUGCCACACGGGAGGACUCGGAGUAUAUGCUGUACUUCUACCGCUACGCCGUGUCGAACUACAUCCGCACCCACCGCGAUGACUUCCUGCCGUUCGUGAUGGGACUGAAUUAUGACAGCGUUGAUGCCUUCUGCCGCGCGGAAGUGGACGCCGUCGCGAGCGAGAGCGACCACGUGCAGGUGGUAGCGUUCGCCAAGUGCUUCCAGCUGCACAUCGUGGUGGAGUACCUGGACGGUAGCGAAGGCACACGCACAACACAGCACACCUUCUCCGGUGGCGAUGAUGCGUGCGCGGCGGUGACGCUGCUGUACCGCCCGGGGCAUUACGACCUCCUAUAUAAGUAG